GGUGGGUGGAGGUAUUUAAGUCUCUAUCAUGCUCUUUGCUUCUUCUAUGGUGCUUCUUAUUCCCUGGGACUGGAUCCUGUCAAUCUGCCUUUCUUAGCUCUAUGGACAUUUGGCUUUCCCAGGAAGACCUACAGCACACCAGCCUGGACCACUCCUAUUUAUCCUGGAGCCUCCUAGAGUCUGAAGCUAUUUUUUCAGGUGACUUAUGGAGGAUCAAAGUGCCAAGGGCUCCCCAUUUGGAAAAGGGUCAGAAGAAACAGGAGACGCCCCUCAAUGACUUCCAGGCAGGGAGUUGGGAGGAAUGCCCACCAAGGAGACCAAGAGAACAGGCUAGACAGAAAUACAAUGAGAGACAGGAUCAGAUCCAGGAAGCCCAAAGAGAGGAGUUCCUGGAGGGAAGGGAGGGACUGCACACGCUCACAGAAGACUCAGGCCAGCUGAAGGCUAAAGCACUGCUCCCUUCAAUGGAGUUAGAGACAGAAGCCUGCCAGCCUCCCCCACAGAUGCCGGAGGGGGCAGCACUCUGCAAUGAUCCUCCAGCACUCUUGGCUAAACCCAAGCAAGACACUAGAGCCUGCCAAUCCAAGAGAGAAAGGGCUGUGUGUUCCCUUUCUGGACAGCAAACACUUCGCAGAGAAGAGAAAACAUAUAAAUGCUCAGUGUGUGGCGAAACAUUCAGGUGGUGCUCACACCUUAGAAGACAUGAAAUAACGCACAGAGGUGAGAAGCCAUAUCCAUGCUUGCAGUGUGGAAAGAGGCUUUCUCAUAUUAGGCACCUCAAUUCCCAUGAAAGAACCCACACAAGGGAGAAGCCAUAUAAGCGUUCACAGUGUGGGAAAUGCUUCAGGCGGGAAACUAAUCUCACUAGACAUCAAAAAAACCCCAAAUGCACAUAUACAUGCAGGCAGUGUGGGAAAAGAUUCACUCAGAAAAAUCAUCUUACUCGCCAUCAAAGAAUCCACACAGGGGAGAAACCAUAUACAUGCUUGCAGUGUGGAAAAAGCUUCACACAGAAACAGCAUCUUACUCAACAUCAAAGAUGCCACACAGGGGAGAAACCAUAUACAUGCUUGCAGUGUGGAAAAAGCUUCGCUCGCAGACAUUGCCUUACUAUACAUCAAAGAAUCCACACAGGGGAGAAACCAUAUACAUGCUUGCAGUGCGGAAAAAGCUUCCCUCAGAAACAGCGUCUUACUCGACAUCAAAGAUGCCACACAGGGGAGAAACCAUAUACAUGCUUCCAGUGUGGAAAAAGCUUCGUUCGCAGACAUUGCCUUACUAUACAUCAAAGAAUCCACACAGGGGAGAAACUAUAUAUAUGUUUGCAGUGUGGAAAAAGCUUCACUCGGAAAUAUCAUCUUGCUGUACAUCAAAAAAGCCACACAGGGGAGAAACCCUAUACAUGCUUGCAAUGUGGAAAAAGCUUCGCUCAGAAACAUCAUCUUGCAGGACAUCAAAAAACCCACAAAGUUAAGAAACCAUAUAUGGAGGAUCUAAGCCCCACUGGCUCCCCAUCAGGAGAAGGGUUGGAAGAAACAGGAGACACACCUCAUGACUUCCAGUCAGGGAGUUGGGAGGAACGCCCGCAAAGCAGACCAAGAGAACAGGAUGGACAGGAACACAAUGAGAGACAGGAUCAGAUCAAGGAAGCCCAAAGGGAAGAGUUCCUGGAGGGAACGGAGGGACUGCACAUGCUCACAGAAGACUCAGGCCAGCUGAAGGCUAAAGCAUUGCUGCCCUCCAUGGAGUCAGAGACAGAAGCCUGCCAGCCUCCCCCACUGAUGCCGGAGGGGGCAGCACUCUGCAAUGAGCCUCCAGCUCUCUUGGCUACAUCCAAGCAAGACACUAAAGCCUGCCAAUCCAAGAGACAAAGGGCCGUGCAGUCCCUUUCUGGACAGCAAACACUUCACAGAGAAGAGAAAAAAUAUAAAUGCUCAGUGUGUGGCGAAACAUUCAGGUGGUACUCACACCUUAGAAGACAUGAAAUAAUGCACAGAGGAAAGAAGCCAUAUCGCUGCUUGCAGUGUGGAAAGCGGUUUUCUCAUAUUAGGCACCUUAAUUCCCAUGAAAGAACCCACACAAGGGAGAAGCCAUAUAAGUGUUCACAGUGUGGGAAACGCUUCAGGUGGAAAAUUGAUCUCACUAGACACCAAAGAAUCCACACAGGAGAGACACCAUAUACAUGCUUGCAGUGUGGAAAGAACUUCAGGUGGGAAACUACUUUUACUAGACAUCAAAGAAGCCACCAAGGAAUGAAACCAUAUAAAUGCUUGCAGUGUGGAAAAAGCUUCACUCGGAAACAGAAUCUUACUGGACAUCAAAGAAGCCACACAGGGGAGAAACCAUAUACAUGCUUGCAGUGUGGAAAAAGCUUCACUCAGAAACAUCUUCUUACUAUACAUCAAAGAAGCCACACAGGGGAGAAGCCGUAUACAUGCUUGCAGUGUGGAAAAAGCUUCACUCAGAAACAGCAUCUUACUCAACAUCAAAGAGGCCACACAGGGGAGAAACCAUAUACAUGCUUGCAGUGUGGAAAAAGCUUUACUCGGAAAAAUCAUCUUGCAAGACAUCAAAAAACCCACAAAGUGAAGAAACCAUAAUCCUGCUUGGAGGGUUGAGAGACACACCAACCCUUCAUACACAUGAAAGAAACUAUCAAAGAGAGACAUUGUCCAAAUGCUUGCACUGCAGUGAGUGCAUUGGUGAUGAAUUGAGCCUUUCAAAAGUUUUUACUCUAAGUAUUUUUGUUUUAACAGAAAUGUAUACAAUUGAGCCUUAAUGAACACAAGAGAACACACAGGAAACUGUUUCACUACCUGGAGUGUGGAAAGAACCUCGGUCUCAGCACAGGAUUCAUUUCACAUCAAGGCUUCCACACAGGGGCAAAUCUUCAGUCUGUUUUCUCCAAUACAAUUUUAAGAUUAGGUAGGAAUGUACUUUGAGCAUCUUGCAUUUCUGAGGCUUGAAAGGUUCAGGAUCUGCAGCACAGCCUUUUUAGUCAUGGCUCAGUGAGGAACUCCAUGGUCUUUUAGAGUUUUGUGGUGGAUUUAACCGUGCCUUUUAGUGUGCCGGGUUCAAUGUUUUGACUUAAAAGGGAGAGAAAUGUGAUAAGUGAAGCUUUUUCCAUUGAUGGAGUAAUUGCAGCUACCAUUUUUUGAGAGCUCUGGGCUUUCGAUCAUUAAUCAGAUUGUAGUGAAGACUUUUCUGACAACUGGCCAAUUCUACAUCUGAUCAUAUCCUCAAUUCGGUAUCCUGGAAAAUGUUACUUCAUUGUGAAUCCACAAAGCCUGAAGAGAAGUUGGAAACACUUUCCCUCCAGAACUCAGCUGCAGUGGCACAGAAAUGUUUGCUCUUUUAAAGAUGUUUCUCAUAUCAGUAUUUGAUCUGAAUGAAUUGCUUGCAAAUGAAGUUAGAUGCAUUUUUCUCAGUCUGUAUUAAAGUUCUCCUUGUAACAA